ACCAAAACAAAAACAAAUCAUGUCGCUGUUACGAAGACUCGGUGUGCUUAAUAGGCAAAAGAUCCUGUUCCCAUUAGUGAAAUUCUCUACAAAAACCGUCGGCGAUGUUCAUGAUUCCCCUACAAACGAAUCUGAAACUCAUUUUGGUUUCGAAACUGUGAAGGAAAGCGAAAAAUGGAAGAAAGUGCACAAAGUGUUCGAAGAGGUAGCAGCGUCAUACGAUUUAAUGAAUGAUGCAAUGUCGAUGGGAGUGCAUCGCGUUUGGAAGGACAUAUUCAUGGAGCGAUUGGGCCCAGUUGGCAACGGAAUUCGCCUUUUGGACAUGGCUGGGGGAACCGGCGAUAUUUCGUUUCGAUACAUGAAAUAUUUACAGAGUUUACCAAGCAAAGAUCGUGCCUCUAGUCACGUCACCGUUUGCGAUAUCAAUCAAAACAUGCUGGAUGUUGGUCAAAAACGAUGGGAAAAGCUGAAUUUACAAACUGCUGGUGAUUCGAUUGAUUGGGUGUGUGCAGACGCUGAAAAGUUACCUUUCGACGAUAAUACGUACACUGUUUACACGAUUGCUUUUGGAAUCAGAAAUUGCACGCACAUCGAUCAGGUUCUCAAAGAAGCUUAUCGGGUAUUGAAACCCGGAGGCCGUUUUAUGUGUCUCGAAUUCAGUCAUGUUAACAACGAGUACUUAAAAUGGCUCUACGAUCAGUAUUCAUUUCAAGUCAUCCCACCCAUGGGACAAAUAUUGGCAAACCAAUGGCAGCCGUAUCAAUACUUAGUGGAAAGUAUCCGGAAAUUUCCAUUGCAGCGGGAUUUCAAAAUUAUGAUUGAAAAUGCAGGCUUCAAAUGUGUGCAUUACGAAAAUCUAUCGUUUGGUGUAGUAGCAAUACAUUCAGGAUUUAAAUUAUGAAAAGGUGCUAUGCUAAAAUAGUCGAUGCAAGAAGGAAGUUGAAAUAAAACGAUUCUUAAGUUGUAGCUUUGA